UUGAUUCCGGUUCCAUGAAGUGCGUCUUAGUUGUUGGUUCAGCCGACCAAACUUUAAAAGUUUCUGUCAAGGGCAACGACAUAUAUCUCAUGGCUUUUUGACGAGUAGGCCACUUAUGACUUAACUUACUCACUCCACCGAAUAUAAAUACAAAAUCAAUAACAGAGAACAAAGACCUUAAGAGAAAAAGAGAAAGAUAUCAAAAAGAUGGAUACAGAAAAUCAUUCUGAAAAAGUAGAGAAAAUAGUGGAAGAAGAAGAUGGAGGAGACUUGGUGAGGAGCUUCAAAACAAACAAUCAUGAAGUUAAUGAUGAGCAGAAGAAAGUUAGUCUUAUGAGAACCUUUGUCCAAACUCAGGAUCCCACUUCUAAGGAUGUGGAUGAUCUCACGCUAAGACGGUUUUUACGUGCUCGUGAUCUAGAUAUCGAGAAAGGUUCUGCAUUGUUUCUGAAACACGUGAAAUGGAGACGUUCUUUCGUACCUAAUGGUUUUAUCUCUGAAUCAGAGGUAGCACAUGAUAUUGCCCAUAACAAGGUGUUUAUGCAAGGAUAUGAUAAGAGUGGACAGCCAAUACUAGUCAUUUAUGGUGCUAAACAUUUUCCUAACAAAGUUAAGGGAGGUAUUGAGGAGUUCAGGCGGUUCGUGGUGUACUGUCUUGACAAAUUAAGUGCAAAGAUUCCCACAGGACAAGAAAAGUUUUUUAUCGUUGCAGAUCUUGAAGGCUGGGGGUACUACUCGAAUUGCGACAUCCGUGGAUACCUAGCAGCUCUAUCUGUCUUGCAGGACAAUUACCCGGAAAGACUUGCCAAGUUUUAUCUAAUUCAUGUCCCUUCAGUUUUUAUGGCCGCAUGGAAGUUAAUAUAUCCAUUUAUUGAUAACAACACCAAGAAAAAGUUCGUUUUUGUGGAUGACAAAAGCCUUAAGUCGACUCUGCUUGAAGAAAUCAGUGAAGACCAACUGCCAGAGGUUUAUGGAGGUAAACUGCCAUUAUUGCCAAUUGAAGAAAGCUGAUUAACUAGCCCAAUCCCAUGCCAAAGCUCCUCACAAAAAGAGCAUACAUUAUCGGGAUCAUCAUCUUGAAAACUGCAGAAGAGAAAGGAAAAGCUCCAAUGGUAGUCAUAACGUCCUAAUGUGAUCGGUCAAGACCAAAGAUUAUCUAUCUUAAUCUCUAGACAAUGAAUGCCUACCUACUAUAUAUAGAUCUAAUAUAAAUAUGCCAAUGCUUAUAUAUGUUGUAUGAAUUAAGGAACCCAUUGCUGCCUUGCAUUUAUGGACAAGGCUGAAAAAUGCAGUAAUAGUUGCUGUACAAUACAUAUGGCUGGUGGUGGAUGGCACUGCAUUAAAGGCCCAAGAUAAUAUAUAGUCUCUGUCUGUUAGCCGGUAA